CAUUCAUAACACCGAGCACAAUAAUACAUUUUACAGACAGACGUCCAUCACCAUCUCAGGAUAUAACACACAGGGCUGACAGCUCAUCAAACUGGAACUCUCCAGAACAUCCUUUCUCCAGCAUGAUGUCAAACACGGGAGGUCGCAGACUGAAGCAGUGGCUGGUGGAGCAGAUCCAGAGCGGGCAGUACUCGGGACUGCUGUGGGAGGAUGAGAGCCGCACUAUGUUCCGAAUUCCAUGGAAACACGCAGGGAAACAGGACUACAACCAAGAAGUAGACGCAUCCAUUUUCAAGGCCUGGGCUGUGUUUAAAGGCAAGUUUAAGGAGGGGGAAAAGGCUGAGCCCGCAACAUGGAAGACCAGACUCCGCUGUGCUCUGAAUAAAAGCCCUGACUUUGAGGAGGUGGCAGAAAGGUCGCAGCUGGAUAUCUCUGAGCCCUAUAAAGUUUACCGUAUUGUGCCCGAGGAAGAGCAGAAGAAUGGCAAAAGCUCAGUGAUGACCAUGGCAGGGACCACCAGCUCUGGUGAUAUAACCGACAUGGACUGCAGCCCUGCAGCGAUAGAGGAGCUCAUUAAAGAGGAGGAAAGCCAGGCCAGUAGUAUCCAGGCCAGUCCAGAAUAUUGGUCCCAAGGCAGCAUCAAUGCUUUCCCUCUGCAUCAGGACCUUUUGCCCACAGGCAAUAUCAGCUCAGCUUUUUCCCAGAUGAUUGUCAGUUUCUUCUAUGGAGGAAAGCUGAUGCACACGACACAAGUUACUCAUCCUGAAGGCUGCCGGAUCUCCCCACAACAGCACCUGGGACGUGGCGCUCUCUACAGUUCAGACAGCAUGCAGAGUGUUAACUUCCCUCCUGCUGAGCUCAUAGAGCAUGACCGCCAACGCCAUGGCACACGUAAGCUCCUGGGCCACCUGGAGAGAGGGGUACUGGUCCGUGCCAACCAAGAGGGCAUCUUCAUCAAAAGGCUGUGCCAGAGCCGGGUCUUCUGGAGCGGGCUGGCAGAAGUGGGCUCACAAUACAGCCCCAUGCCUUCUAAACUGGACAGGGAUGCCGUAGUGAAGAUUUUCGAUACAGGAAAGUUUCUUCAAGCUCUACAGCUGUACCAGGAUGGCCAGUUUCCUGCUCCUGAUCCGACAGUGACUCUGUGUUUUGGAGAGGAGCUCCAUGAUCUCAGCAAUGCCAAGAGCAAACUGAUCAUUGUGCAGAUCACGGUGUUAAACUGUCAGCACCUGCUGGAGGCAGUAAACAUGCGUCGCUCCCAGCCUUACUGCAAUAACCCAAACCUGGACAUGUCUGACAAUUUGGCCAGUGAUCAGAUGGCUCGCAUCUACCAGGACUUGUGCAGCUACAGCGGCCCCCAGAGGCCAGCCUGCUACAGGGACAACAUGCCUAUCACUGCUUGAACUGUGAGCAGCAACACACCGCAGAAGCUGUUUAUUGUGCACAAGACUAUAUACAACAUGUUAGGGACAUUCCUUAUUUUACUGCCACACUGAUAAGGUGAAUUCAGGUUGAAGCCAGUAGUUAGAGCUGCAGCUUAAUAUUUGGAUGUUCCUAAUAUUUUGUAUCACUUAUGUUUAUAUAUUUUGUAUUCAUAUAUCACUGACCAACUUCUUGUUUCCAACUUCUGCUUCUACUUUUAGAGGGCUAUUAGAGUUUUAUAAUCCAAAUCAAGAGAAAACUUGGCAUUUAUUUUCAUACCUUACAAAUAUAUCUGUAAAUAUUUCUCACUCUUGUAUUCCUGUGGCAAAGCAUAUUUUUUAUUUUAAGAGCCAUGUUCUUUUUUGAUUUUUAAGCUGAGUUGUUUUGUUUGCAUAAGCAGAUGAUAUACAAUAUAUAGGCUGUAGGAGCGGUUGUGGUAAAUAGUCGUUUACAAAAGGGUAAGUGGUCCAAUCCCCAACCUAUGCUUCCAACAGGUUAUAAAUACCUAGGGCAAGAUGCUGGACCCCAAAUAGCUCCCAAAGGCUUUGCCGUUGGUGUAGAGGUGCUUUAUAAGAUGCUUAUGAUAAAUUAGAUGUAAUGUAUCUCAAUUCUUGUUGUAUGGAAUUUUAGAUGGAAUGUGGCACUGUGUUAGAUAGGUUUUACUAUCACUGUUUUAUAAAGUCCUUUUCUAGUAAAACUAUAUUUGUACUGAAA